CUUCACAUGUAGCGGCGAAACCGAAAGAUACAAACUCAAGAAACACUAACAUUGAGAAGAAUCGAAAACGCAAAAGCAAUUAUUGGACCCCGGUAGCUGUACCGUGCUUCUACGUAUGCCUCUUUUCCAGAAGGGCCUACCGGCUUCACCAACUUCGCUUGGCCGGAAGGGCCAUGAUUCAAGUUAAUUGAGAAUACUUUUUGAUGACAAACCAACGAUUUGAUGUCUCUAGGUAUACUUGUAUCGUUAACUGAUAUCUUAAGAAAUCUGUUAUUCAUAAAAUAAUUACUAAAAACGUAAAUCUAGACCAAAACACUUUUUGUUGUUGUAUUAGUUAGGACUACUCAGGUAUUGGGCAUUGAAUUGCAGCGCACUUUCCAGUUUUUCUGCGUUGCACGAUUUAGUCUUCAGUGUAACCCUCUGCCCAUUCUUUCAUCUUGAGAAGUAACAAAGGUUGGAGGGAUGAUAGAACCAUCGUCUUCAGGAUGGGAAGUUUUUAAAGAGCCCAAGGGUUUUAUUAAAAUCAUUGAAGUUCUUAUAGCAAUCUUUGCGUUUGCAACGACGUGUGACUUCUCAACCAAUGUCAAGCUAAAGUAUGACUGUCGGGGUAACGGAUCAUUUGAGCAUUGGAGUGCCAAAUUUACAUACCCUUUCAAUAUUGACUCCAUCGUGCUGCCUCGAUGCACUGCUAUGGAGAGUAAACAUAUGUAUGGGAAUUUCGCCUCAGCAGCACAGUUUUAUGUGUUUGUUGGUGUCCUAACUAUGCUUUUCUGCGUUGCUAUGGGCGUCUAUUAUGUCUAUUUUCAUGAUCGCUAUUUCACUGACUCACGGUUUAGUAAAUACGAAUUCAUCUUCUCGACUGUCAUUGUUCUGUUAUGGUUUAUCGCCUCUUGUGCAUGGGCCGAUAAUGUAAACCAGUUUAAAACGUAUACGUCAGCAAGUCGGAUCUGCAAUGAAGUGGGACCUAAUGUGCAUUGUGAAGCCGAGGAACAAGCUACCUAUGGGGGACUUAACGUUUCUCUGGUAAUGACUAUUCACUUUUUGUUGGUUAUAUAUUUAACUGUUUAUAUAACAGUGAAGAAAAAAUAUUCUUGUUUAUCAGUUUGGUAUUCAUAUUAGUACUCACGGUUUAGUCAUUUCUCUUUGCUUACUAGUUGUUUUGUUGUGGAUGUAAAUUCCGUUGAGCAGUUAGUGGAAUUCGCUGCAAAAGAUGAGUAAGGAAUCGUCUGUUCAGAUAUGAUCAGGAAAACAUUUUAAUCACAGUUCUUAUUGCCAAGUUGUAUGCUGAAACAAACUGAUUCUUCGGUAACUUUUUAUAUGUAGCGUUAAAAACUAUUUUGAAAGAUGUUUUGAUCUUGUCUGGGUAUAUGCUUGAAGGUUUACUGAUUUAUUCCACUUAGACUUCGUAAUUUAGCUCAACUUUAAAGUACCUUCCAUAAAGUCAUGUGAAAACAAACUGUUUACCGAAAAUAUUUGGGUUUACCAAUGUUGCUCUAUGGGCAGCUGGUUUAUGGUUCAUAUGGAAAGAAACUCCAUGGUCCGGAAAUAAUUCUCUACUUGGACCAGAAAAUAUCGCUACUGCUGCCGAUGGGUCUCAAAUGUAGUGCGCUCUCCAACAAGUCUCCAUGUACUGUUCUUUCAAGAAUUAGAUCAACUACAUUAUUUUGUGUGAUGAUAAUGAGACAAACCCACUUGUAAAUCACUCAUUUAUCAGUUGUUAUUUCUAUCCAUAUGUUUUCCCAUUUAAAUCGAAGCUAACAAACGAAAUAGUGCAUUUUGUUUGUUUCAUUACUAUAAGAUUACUGCUUCCAUUAAUAAAUUGUUCAUGACUAUGUCGAUAAUUAUGUUACGGCACCAGUGUUUUUGAACUGAACAUUUUCUUAGGUAAAAUUUCAUUUUCUAUCAUAUCAUUCUUUCUAAAUACACUAUUCAGGUAACGUUGUCCCGCUUUUUUGCCAUGUCUUCAUUUUGUUAAAUGUGAUGAUAAUUUUGUUGUUGUAAUCCCUAAUCAAUCACAUACAUCGUCUGUAUAUCAUAAUAAAUCAAACACAAUUCACAUUA